AUGUUCAGGGGUCAGCGCGUGUUCAAUGCCCUGAUUCUCGAGGAGGGCGAAGAAUACCUGACGGAUUGCGAGGCCUCCAUUGCUGCUUCUCACCCUGUUGCUUUCCCCAUUUCCCAUGUUCGUGCUGCUGUUUCCGCUGCAGCAGCUGCUGAAGCAGCAGCAGGCUCAGGAGCUGCUGCUGCAAGGGCGACAAAUGACGGGUCUAUACACCCUUUGCUCGCUGCACUCGUGGGCUUGCAAUCACAUGGCCAGCACUACCAGCAACAACAUCAGUGGCAGCAGCAGCAGGUGCUGCGGCAGCAUCAACAGCAAAGCGAAGAGGGUCGACUGCGUCUUUGCAGCAAAAGUCUUAUCUUAGACCCGCACAAGCCCGCAGCAGACAUUCUUAAGCUAUUGCUGCGGCGCAUUGUCUUCAUCGCUCAGCUCCCCAGCAGUACCAGCAGAAGCAGCUGCAGUAGCAGCGGCGUGAGCAGCAGCUGGGGAUGGUAUGGAAAUUCCAAUGCCCCCGCAACGACAGCAGCACCGGCGGCAGCAGCGGCGGGGGAUCUGCGGCUGCUGCUUGGCGUUGCAGAUUUCAUGCGCGUCUCUCUAACCGUCAUUGAUGGAAGGACUCGUUGCGUGUCCCCUUUCACACAAGAAACUGCAGCAACAGCAGCACAUCCACCACCUUUGUUCUCUAGCCCUCAGCAGCAGCUGCACCAGCAGUUCCAGCAGCUGCAGCAGCUACAGCAGCAGCAGCAGCAGCAGCCAAUUAUGUACGGCCAGCAGCAACCAAGAGCCUCGACAGAUGCUGCGAAGGACCCCACUAGAGUCUUUUGUUUUGUUUUGACCAUCAACGCAGCAGCAGCAGCAGCAGCUGCUGCUGCUGCUGCAGGGCCAGUGGUUGCCGGCAGCAACAAGCUGUUGCUACUGCUGCUGAAUCUGUGGCGAGUGUCCGCAGGCUGCAGCCCGCUGACCCGCCUGCCGCGGGGGCCCCUGCUAGCAGAUGCAGAAACGCAAGACACAAAACAGCAGCAACAGGACCAGCAGCAGCAGCUAUCGCCUGAGGUCUUUGCUGCUGUAGUGCAGAGGGAGCUGCAGCAGCACGUCCGUUUCAGCUUCUCGCAGCUGGACCACAGAGAGCAGCUGCUGCUUCCUACCAAUACAGGUUUUUGGGUCUCGAAGCUGCGCCCGCUGACUUCUCAGCGAGCUUUGCUGCUGCUGACCCCAUCUUAUUUGUAUUUGGAGCCUCAUCCGAAUUUUACAAACAAGCCUGCGAAGAAGUACCCUCUUGCCGCGCUCCUUCAUGUGCUGCGGCGGGUGCACUGUCUGCGUCCGAGUGGGCUCGAGUUCGUGUUUGCUGCGAGAAGCAGCUGCAGCAGCAGCAGCAGUAGCAGCAGUAGCAGUGGCAACGGCGUCAGUGGCAGUCUGAGCAGCAACGCGCGGUUUGGGAUGCCCGCUGCUUCCGCUGCUGCUGCUGAAGCGGCGAAAGGCCAAGAUGGGCUGGGCAUGCGCAGAAGGAGAGAUCACAAAGUUUUGCUGCUGGAGUUCGACGACCUUUCAGAGAGAGAAAAAGUUGCAUGCGCUUUAGAGCAGCUAAAGCCACAGGCCUUUAUGAUGCAAGCAUCUGACGAGCUGUUGAGAUGCAUGCAGCAGCGGUGGUUGGAGGGUCGGUUGUCUUCUUUGCACUAUAUCCAGUUCCUUAAUAGCGCAGCAGGCAGAAGCACCAGCAACUUCUCAGCUUAUCCUGUUUUUCCGUGGGUCCUGCAAAGGUAUUCCGAAGGCGACAACUCAAACCCUUUGUCUGAUCCUUCCGCUUUAAGAGAUCUGAGUAAACCCGUGGGUGCACUCAACGCCCAGAGGCUCGAUGGGCUUUUAAAGAGAAUGAAAGACGUGCAGGUGGACGCGGGGGGAGUGGGCUUACAUGAGGGUUGUGACGAGGGUGGCAAGAGCGGCGCAGCAGCAGCAGUAGUGGUCGACAGCGGAGCUGCAGGAGGAGGCGCAGGAGGAGGAGCAGCAGCAGACCUAAACUACAUCUACGGCAGCCACUACAGCACUCCCGCCUACACGGUGCACUUCUUGGUCCGCCUCAUUCCUGAGUGUCUCCUCAGACUCCACUGCGGCCGUUUUGAUUGUACUCAUCGCAUCUUCCGAAGCAUGCAAGGGGCUUGGGCAGGUGCAUACAGCGGGCAGUCAACCUUUGUGGAAUUGACCCCUGAGUUUUAUUUGUACGACACUUCAUUUCUUUGUAACCGACUUGCCAUACGUCUCACGCCAAAACCAGCUGGCACUCCUCUCUUCGCCCCAGCUGCUGCAGAAGACUCCACUGCAGCUGCUGCAGCGGGAAAUGCAUCCAGAGGCAGGGCUGAUGGACCCGCAGCAACAGCAUCAGGUGCUGUUGCAGCAGCCGCAGAAACAUUGGGCGACGUGGAACUACCAGUUUGGUGCAAGGGAGACCCUGCUCUAUUGCUGCUGAUGCAUCGUGCUGCACUGGAAAGUAGCAGCUGCAGUAGCUCUCUCCACCGCUGGAUUGAUCUCAUUUUUGGCUAUAAACAAACGGGGCAGGAGGCUCGCGCUGCUCACAAUGUGUUUCACCCCCUGACGUAUGUGGACGCCGUUGCUGCAGCAGCAACAGGUAGCUGCUGCCCCACAGGGACCCAAGAGGGAACAUUCACUGUAGGAUUGGCGCGGCUGCUGCAGCAACUGCCUCCCCUUGUGCGAAACGUACAGCUACAGGAGUUCGGACAGACACCCAUUAAACUUUUCUCGCAACCCCAUCCAAUGAGGCUAUCAUCUCCUCUCUUUGACCCUUCUGAGUGGGAGCUUGCUUUUGGACGCUCAGCACCUCGCCAUUUGCUGCAGGCUGACAGGCACCGCAGUUCAGCGGUAUCAACAGCAGCAGACGUAGGAUGCUCAAUGUGGUCUGACGUACCGUGGCACCUGUACAUUCACUACCACCCGGAGCUGCUGCCAGGUCUCCUCACGCCUACUCCUAUCCCCCCUUCAAUCGCUCCUUCACCAACAGCAGCUGCUAGUGCAACACCCGCUGCCGGGAGUGCAACACAACAAACGAGGCAACAGCAGCAGCCGCGGCAAGGAGCUGCAGCUGAGAGAGUUCCCCUGAAGUGGAGGAACCCUCCAAGGCCUGAAAAGGAACAACAGCUGCUGCUACAGUUACUGCUGGAGGGAGCUUCGCGUCCUCAACAGCAGCAACAACAGCAACAGGAGCUGCAGCAGCAGCAGCAAACUCGCGCCGCUGCAGCAUGGAGUCGUGCUGCAGCAACUCGUCUGUGGGGCCGGAAUCCCCGUAGUGCCUCUACAGCCAAUUCACCCUGGCGUCGCUUCUCCGCUUGGCCCAGCAGCAGCACAUUGACUAGUACUGCCACAGUCCAUUCUGUCCAGAAUCGUCAGCAGCAGCAGCUGGCUGUCCGGUGUCGCUGGCUAGGGCUUUCCGGUUUGUCGUGCUGCAGGGGAUGGGUGGCAGUUUUGGGGCGAGACGGUCGUCUCUGCUGCUUCGAUGCUCUGGAAGGCCGUUUGCUGCAGCAGCAGCAACAACACAAACAACAGGAACAGCGAGGCGGGUUGCCGGAAGGUGGAGCGGAAACGGCCAUGCGGGAAUGUCUGCCCCUUUCCUCUUACGCGACAUCCGUAUACCGCAAAGUGUCGAACUCCUCGCUGACCAGCGCAGCCCACCUGGGGUCUUGGCGGUUGCUGACCUUGGGGUGUGCAGAUGGAAGCAUCUACUUACAGCACUUGCCGCAGCGAGACUUGGAGCCCUCCUCCCUCAGCAGCAGCAGCAGCAGCAGUGGGCUCAUGAACUUUUACGGCAUCCCUGCGGGGGCCCGAAAGGAGAAGCAGCGAGUCAUCGGCCAUCUGGAUUCUGUCUUGUCUUUAUCCUAUGAAGGGACUGAGGGCUGUCUCGUCUCAGGAGCAGCGGACGCGACUGUUAGGGUGUGGGGCGCCACCCCGGCGGCCUUGUUGCUGCAGCGGCUCUUCGACGAACCGGUGUCGGAAGUAACUGCAACAGCAGCCUGUGGCCCACUUGUUCUUGCAGGUACAGCCACUGGGCAGCUGCUGCUCUGGGACCUUCGAUGCGCCUCCGCAUUUGUUUGGGGAGCUCCUCAAGGAGGCCUUCACGACCUGCGGGGACCAAUACGAGCCUGUGGCUUUGCUGAGGGCAGCAGAGUGACUGCAAUUGUCCACACCCCACAAGCUGCUGCAACUUUACGCAGGCAGGAGCAGCAGCAGCUCCAGCAAAUAGGAGUGGAAAGACCGCACUCAAUGGAGCAGCAGCAAGACACAGCCAAGCCAAGCACCUUAGCAGCAACAGCAGGAGUAGCAGAUGCAGCAGCAGCAGCGGACGCAGCGUUUCCCGUGCAAGUGUGGGAGCUUCGGGGCAGCAGCCGCGUGCCACCUCGUGCACCUGCUGGGGCACCGUUACACCCCAUGUCUCCCAGCGCGGUUGUGACAUGCGGGGCCCUAGAUGACAGCGGCCUCGCCCUUCUUGCCACCAUCGAGUCUUCUACAGUCCCUGCAACCGAUGGGCCUGCUGUUUGUACUACCAGUGCUGCAUGCAGGGCAGGGGUGCGACUGGUAGAUUGUCUGAAGAGAGAAGAAAUAAGUUGGACGCCGUUAAGUGCUGUAGAGGCCCCGCGGUACAUUUCGGUGUGGCCUGCUGCUUCUGCAUCGGCACCGUCACCGCAGGAAGGAUCAUCUUCUGAAGGACCGUCUUCGGGAGCCUGGGGCCCCACAGUGGUCGCGGUGGGGGAGGCCGGCGGAGCUGUGGAAGUUCUCUGGGUGUAA